AAUAAAAUGUCAAUGUCAAAAGUCCAAUCGCAUCGCCGAGGAAAACAAAAAAUAAGAACGUGUUAAAUAAUUUAAUUGUAUGAGCUUUAUCUUAUUAAGUAUAUAAAAUGGCAGAUAAAAAAAAGAAAAUAUUUCUUUCGAAGGAGUCUAGUGCUCCAAAAAGGCCAGUUAUAUUGAAAUCAGACCGAGAUACUACCAAGGAUCCACCGAAAGAAAAAGAAAAGCCGCCAACCAUCAUUUUAAAGACUCGUGAACAGAGUGCACCAAAAGAAGAGAGACCGCUGAGCCCUAAUGUUCAGGCUGCCGAAAAUGAGGGGCCUCAACCGUCCAAAAUUGCUCAAAAUGAGAAUAAGGAGAAGAAAACUAUAGAACAGAAGCCAAGUGCACCACUGAAGUACAUGACGGAACCAGUGAAGCUUUUGGAUGAAAACUUAGAAUUCAACAGUGCAGCACUAGAAUUCCUACAUGACUCCAGCAUUAAUUACCUUGUUGUUGGAAUAAUUGGCACGCAAGGUGUUGGUAAAUCUAUGAUUGGUAAUCUAAUUGCCCAAAAUAACCCAAUACCAGAUUUGUGUACACAAAUUUUAAACUCUCAUGAAAUACCGAACAACCUCAGUUUUGAUGGCAAUGAUGUCUCAUCACUGGAAAAUCAAAUUGAUGGCCUCCACUUUUAUGAAACCCCUGAAACUAAUGGGACCAAUGGGAAGGUGGAAAGUAGUUUCUUCAAAUUUAAAAUGCAAGAUAUUGACCAGAUCGAAAGAGGAGUACACUGCACAAAAGGUGUAGACAUGUAUGUAACCACAGACCGCGUGAUACUCCUCGACUGCCAGGCGCUGUGGUCUCCCGCACUAAUAGAGGAGACUAACAUCAACCCCAUAACAGCCAGGAGCGGGAAUGUGGUCACAGUGGACUGUCUCCAAGUCGCAUCAUUCCUGAUGGCUAUAUGUCAUGUUCUUGUAGCCGUGCAGGACUGGUUUACGGACUACAAUUUUAUUAGAUACCUCCAAACAGCCGAGAUGUUAAAACCGUCCCUGUCAGCUUCAAGCUCCGCCAGCUCUGAAGAGGCGUCAUCUGGCGAGAGCCACCCCCAUUUACUACUUCUCCACAACCGCUGUCAACUUGAGGACUACACCCCAGAGGCAGUUAAGACCAUGCAGGAUUUAUACAGGAAAGCGUUCCAAAAGUCGAGCCUGCAGCUAAACUCGGGCAUGUACAUGUACAGCGAUUCCAACCGCAACGGUCUGAGCGCGGACUGCCAGGGCUGCAGCCUGGACACCUGCGGACCGCCGCUUAACCUGUUCCUGUUGCCGGAGAUCUACGAUGAUUUCGAUAACCAAGAGAUCUACCGCGGGCACCCCACCUUCGAGGAGCUGUCGAAGCGGCUCCGCUGGAUGGUGCUCGGGGUCCACCGGCACCCCAUCACCAACGUGCCGAACCUGUCCGAGCGCUCCUGGUUCCAGUACUGCGCUAAAGCCUGGGAGACCAUCAGGAAAUGCACCUUCUUCAUGGAGUAUGAGAGGUUCCUACCGUGAUUUUUAAGUGCAAACUGGUUGUUUUCAUUCUUUAUACGCUGAGGGCUAUAGGCACUUGUUACCUAGGCAAUAGAGUUCAAGUGAGUGUAACUGCCUCGCUAAAAGAAGGGAUCAAAUGAUGCAGCGUAAACUCUUAAUGUUAGAGUGAGAUGAGACGAUCUACGAUGAAUAAAUAUCGUCAGAUGACAAGCAACGCUCACUAAUUACUGAAAAAUAAUUAAACAUAAAUCAACCUUAUUUGAGUACUAUAAGGACUGUAUCGUUUAUUAUAAAUACAGAUAAAACCUGGUCUAACUGUUGACGUGUGUAUUAUUUUGUAUUACUAUGUUCUUAAGGUAUAAUCUGGGGGUAUUUUUAAGACAUAUCUGAUAUAAGAAUGUUUUACAUUUAUUUUAUUUUAGGGACUUUAUGAUGAUUUUAAUACCUUCUAGCAAAUGUAAUUCGGACAAGCCUAUCGAGCUUAAUUUGAGACUAUUUCACCGAUUCCUUAGUACGAUUUAAAGAAACAAAAGGUUAAUAUGCUGCCAAAAUAUGCCAUCUAAGUGUCCUUUUCAUGAUUGCUCAAUUGAACAUUCACAGAAUAAAUGUGGUGUAUUUUAUCUUUACAUGAAAACGACUUUUUAUGCAACAUUUUGGAUUCCCGUCAAUUUCUGACGCCAGGGAAAUGACGGAAACAGCUAAAAGAAUCUACCGAAAUCCAAAGCCUAACGGACAUUCAUGGCGUUGAACCAUGGCUAGAACAGGUCGAUAGAAACGCUCCAUGAUGGUUAUAUUGUAUACCAAAGUCGGGGUUGUCGUAAGUAACAUGCCAUAUUUUCAAAAAGGCCACCAAGCACAGAUCCAAAACUUUUUUUCCAACUAAAAGAAAUGAUUAGACUAUGCCCAGAUGUUUCGCUUUACGAAUCAUAUGUAAUUGCUGUUUACAUAGUACGAUUUUUUUUGUGUAAUACUUAUCUUGUUCGCAAACCGUAAAUUUUCUUGUAGUAUUUGUCCGAAAUCGUUGUAGUUACUCGGGAGGAUUGGGUAAAUAUUGUCCAAACCAUAUGCUUUACGUGAUCUCCCAGGACGAAAUGUUACUUAUUAUUAAAGCACUAAUUAAACUAUAUGUGUAAUUUUUUAAUAAAAACAUAAUACCAGAAAAAACGGCUAAGUAAAGUUGUAUUUAUAAUAAACGAUACAGUCCUUAGUUCGUUUUUUUAGCAAUAGAAAUAAGGUAAACAAUCUUGAUGUGUAUUCUAAUUGAAAAACACAUUUUAAAAAUAAGUUACGGCAAAUAUGUAACAGUUUAUGAAUCUAAUACGAUCAUUUAUAUUCUUCCGCUUUCAUAAAUAAUAGUUACUGAUUUUUAAAAAGAGUUUUUCAAUUAAAAGACAUGUCAAGAUCGAUUACCUUCUUUCAAGUUCUUUCUAAUGCUAAAAGAACGAACUAUAAUAUAGUUCACUGCGGCUAUGACCUUGUGGUGGUAAUUAGCGAGUUUUGCUUGUCACCUGACGAUAUAGUAUCAUGUGUUAACAGCGGGCUUCGGGCGUCCUAAAUAUAAAAAUUCUUCCCAAGAGAACAUCAAGUUCAGGUAAAAACUUUAUCAUUCAUGUAAAUC